GCUGUUGUGUUAUUUUUAAACUGGCUUUCUACACAAUUAACGAUUCAAAUGGCUGUAAGGUUACCGGAAUAGCAGUUCAGCUUGUUUAUCUUGCGAUACAGUGUUUGGCGAGAAAUUAACUGGAAAUAUGGAGCUGAUGUUUAGCUGGGUUGUUUUAGCAUGCGAGCUAAUAAUAUGCACACAGAUGGUUUAAUGUUGGCUUUCUCUCUGAAAAGUUUUCUGGAUUAUAAUAUCGUUUAGUACACCUGUGCGGUUUGUCCAAUUUGGCGGAGGCCAGUAGAAGACCGUGUGGACCAGACAUCAACAAGCAUGGAGUUCCCGCAACAGCAAAAACCGGCGGGGGACGGAAAGAUCAUAUACCCUCCCGGAGUGAAGGAUAUUACGGACAAAAUCAGCAACGAUGAGGUGGUCAAACGGUUAAAGAUGGUGGUGAAGACCUACAUGGACAUGGACCAAGACUCUGAGGAGGAGAAGGCGCAGUACCUUGGCCUGGCGCUCCACCUCGCCUCAGAGUUCUUCCUCAGGAACCCCAACAAAGAUGUGAGGCUACUGGUGGCCUGCUGUCUGGCUGACAUCUUCAGGAUCUAUGCUCCCGAAGCCCCCUACACCUCCCACGACAAACUCAAGGAUAUUUUCCUGUUCAUCACCAGACAGCUAAAGGGCCUGGAGGACACAAAGAGCCCUCAGUUCAACAGAUACUUCUACCUGCUGGAGAACCUGGCGUGGGUGAAGUCGUACAACAUAUGCUUCGAAUUGGAGGACUGCAACGAGAUCUUCAUCCAGCUUUUCAAAUCGCUCUUCUCUGUCAUCAAUAACAGCCAUAACCAGAAGGUGCAGAUGCACAUGAUAGACCUGAUGAGCUCCAUCAUCAUGGAAGGUGACGGAGUGACCCAGGAGCUGCUGGACACCAUGCUCAUUAACCUGAUUCCUGCUCACAAGAAUCUGAACAAGCAAGCGUACGAUCUUGCCAAGACUCUGCUGAAGAGGACAGUCCAGACCAUCGAGACAUGCAUCGCAAACUUCUUCAAUCAGGUUCUAGUGAUGGGCAAGUCAUCAGUCAGCGACCUAUCAGAGCACGUCUUUGACCUCAUCCAAGAACUUUUUGCCAUCGACCCAAUGCUGCUUACCUCUGUCAUGCCACAGCUGGAAUUCAAACUUAAGAGUAAUGAUGGCGAGGAGCGACUCGCUGUCGUACGGUUGCUGGCUAAGUUGUUUGGAGCCAAAGACUCAGAGCUGGCGUCACAGAACAGACCGCUGUGGCAGUGCUUCUUAGGACGGUUUAAUGACAUCCACGUUCCAGUCAGGCUAGAGUGUGUAAAGUUUGCCAGCCACUGCCUGAUGAACCACCCGGAUCUGGCCAGAGACUUGACAGAGUAUUUGAAGGUGCGUUCCCAUGACCCAGAGGAGGCCAUCCGUCAUGAUGUCAUUGUCACCAUCAUCAACGCCGGAAAGAAAGACCUCAACUUAGUCAAUGACCAGCUGCUGGGCUUCGUACGAGAGCGGACCUUAGACAAGAGGUGGCGUGUGCGUAAAGAGGGUAUGAUGGGCCUUGCUCAGCUUUAUAAGAAAUACUGUCUGCACCACGAGGCCGGGAAAGAUUCUGCCCAGAAGAUCAGCUGGAUCAAAGACAAACUGCUGCACAUCUACUAUCAGAACAGCAUCGAUGACAAGUUAUUAGUAGAGAAGAUCUUCGCUCAGUACAUGGUCCCUCACAGUCUAGACACGGAGGAGAAGAUGAAGUGUCUGUACUACCUGUAUGCCUGCCUGGACACAAACGCUGUCAAGGCCCUGAAUGAGAUGUGGAAGUGUCAGAACAUGCUGAGAAGCCUCGUCAAAGAGCUGCUGGACCUCCACAAGCUGCCAGCGACGGAGGCACAUAACUCAGCCCAGAUGGGGAAGCUAAUGAGUAUUGCCAAGAAUCUGCCAGAUGCUGGAAAGGCCCAGGACUUCAUGAAGAAGUUCAACCAGGUGCUGGGAGAGGACGAAAAGCUCAGAGCGCAGCUGGACAUGCUCAUCAGCCCGACCUGCUCCUGCAAACAGGCCGAGAUCUGUGUGAGGGAGAUCACUCGGAAAUUGACGUUCCCCAAACAGCCCACCAACCCAUUCCUGGAGAUGGUGAAGUUCCUGCUGGAGCGCAUCGCCCCUGUCCACAUCGACUCUGAGGCCAUCAGUGCUCUGGUGAAGCUGCUGAACAAGUCCAUUGAGGGUACGGCUGACGACGAUGAGGAGGGCGUUACACCGGAUACAGCUAUCCGCUCCGGUCUGGAGCUCCUUAAGGUGCUGUCAUUCACCCACCCAACAGCAUUCCACUCUGCGGAAACCUAUGAGUCUCUGCUGCAGUGUUUGAAGAUGGAGGAUGAAAAAGUAGCUGAAGCAGCCAUUCAGAUAUUCAGAAACACAGGGCAGAAGAUCGAGACAGAGCUACAACAGAUACGAUCGACUCUGAUUCCUGUCCUGCAUCAGAAAGCGAAGCGGGGAACGCCUCACCAGGCCAAGCAGGCCGUGCACUGUAUUCACGCCAUCUUUAACAACAAGGAAGUGCAGCUGGCACAGAUUUUUGAGCCUCUGUCACGCAGUCUGAAUGCAGACGUCCCAGAGCAGCUCAUCACGCCCCUCGUGUCUCUGGGCCACAUCUCCAUGCUGGCCCCAGAUCAGUUUGCUUCACCGAUGAAGUCAAUUGUGGCCAACUUCAUUGUCAAGGAUUUGCUCAUGAAUGACAGGUCGGUGGGAAACAAGAAUGGGAAGCUGUGGACGACUGAUGAGGAAGUUUCACCUGAAGUCCUUGCUAAGGUCCAGGCCAUCAAGCUGCUAGUGCGUUGGUUACUAGGAAUGAAAAACAACCAAUCAAAGUCGGCAAACUCCACCCUGCGUCUGCUGUCAGCCAUGCUGGUCAGCGAGGGAGACCUGACGGAGCAGAAGAAGAUCAGUAAGUCAGACAUGUCUCGUCUGAGGCUGGCCGCCGGUGGAGCCAUCAUGAAGUUGGCCCAGGAGCCAUGUUACCAUGACAUCAUCACACCUGAACAGUUCCAGCUCUGCGGCCUCGUUAUCAACGACGAGUGCUACCAGGUGCGCCAGAUCUUCGCGCAGAAGUUGCACUUGGCUCUUGUCAAACUAACUCUGCCUCUGGAGUACCUCGCCGUCUUCGCCCUGUGUGCCAAGGACCCGGUGAAGGAGCGCCGCGCCCACGCCCGACAGUGCCUCCUCAAAAACAUCUCCGUCCGCAGAGAGUUCAUCAAACAAAAUCCACUCGCUCAGGAAAAACUUGUCUCCCUUCUUCCUGAAUAUGUCGUUCCCUAUAUGAUCCACCUGCUGGCACACGACCCAGACUUCACAAAACCUCAGGAAUAUGAACAGCUCAAAGAUAUCAAAGAGUGCCUGUGGUUCAUGCUGGAAGUGCUGAUGACCAAGAAUGAGAACAACAGUCACGCUUUUCUAAGGAAGAUGGUAGAGAACAUCAAGCAGACAAAGGACGCACAGUGUCCUGAGGACGCAAAGGCCAAUGAGAAGAUGUAUAUUGUCUGUGAUGUCGCGCUCUUCGUCAUCGCCAACAAGAGCACUGCAUGUCACCUGGACUCUCCGAAAGACCCCGUCCUACCUUCCAAGUUCUUCAUCGUGCAGGACAAGGAGUUCAAAAAUGAUAAAGAGUAUCUGUCGACAGAGAUGAGACAAAUGCUGCUCUCUGGAAAGCCUAAAGCAGCUCCAGUGUUAGGAGCUGUGAACAAACCUCUGACAGUCCCGGGGAGGAGGAUCUUCAACAAGACCACCACAGCCUCAGACACAGCCAGUAACACCAGCACCAACUCCUCCCCCCUGAACUCCUCGACCACCAAGAACAGUAACAACACUGCUGCCACUGAGUCAUCAGAGAGCCCAGCACAGGAAAACAACGAGAACCCAGUCAUCAAGAACAACGAGGGGAAGAAGAACGAGGCAAAUCCGAAUGCGACUCCUGACGCAGAGACAGAAGCAUCGCCCGUCAAACGACGCGGCCGUCCUCCCAAAACGGCGGCUGCUGCUGCGGGGGCUGAGAAAGAGGCUGCAGUGACACCAACAGGUGGAGCUGGCAGAGGCAGGAAGAGAGCAGCUGACCCCAAAUCCAACCCAUCAGCGGACUCCAUCAACAUCAAGAUGUCAAAACAGCAGCAGCAGAAUGAUGAAGGGACAAAGAGACAGAUCGACUUGCAGAGGUAAAGAGGAAACCGGUGAAGGUGAAAUCAAGACCGUAGCGAACAGGCCGGACUCUGCCUCGUACCUCCGCUGCGUGCACCCUCCUCUGACUCUAAAGCUUUCCUGGACACAUUAUGGACCUUUCUUAAAACAAACACACACACACACACGCGCACACACACACACACACGCACGCAGACACAAAUCUGACAUCUUAGAAGGUUUUAAAUACCUUAUAGUCAUGAUUUGAUGCGCAUCGUAUGUAGGUCUUACUCAAAAAAACAUGUUAUUUUUUCCCUUGUUUGUUGCUCUUUGCUUCUUUUGUGGAGCCAUUUUUAAGAAAAAAAACAGGAUGGACAUUUUACAAACGUUUUAAUCUGGUUGAUUGUUGCUUAUUAAAUUCCCUGGGAAAAUCCUAAUGUAUGUCUCCUGACCUCUUCCUCUUCAAAUCUGUUGCACAAUAUAUAUUUUUUGUUUGUUUUGAGCUCACUAGUUUUACCUUGAGUUGUAUUUUGUAAAUACCCAUGUUCAACUUUGCAGUUGAACCUUAUGAAUAUCCCAAACGGUUGCUAUGACUGGAAUAUGGGAACAUUAUACUGUAGCAUAAGAUUUGUGCAUUCAGCAGCUCUACCAACACCAACAUUUUAUAAACUUGAGUAUGUUUAGACUUCUAUCUUUGGUAUGUUGAGGUGCUUUAGCUUGAUUAUAUCACCUCAAAGUCCAGGAGAACUCGGGCCUAUUAACUGCCACCUGUAAAGCUUUUAAAGCCUUUUGGUUAUUUCUAGUGUUUAUGGACACAUUUAAGCUGUCAAACAUUUCUGCUCCAAGCUCCUUUUGGGGCAUCAUCCCCUUGCACCGGUCAGGGGCUCUGGAAUCGAGCUGGGUAUUAAUUACAGUUUUGUUUUUUACUUCUGAAGUAUGACUUAUUACUUCACUUUUGAAUGCAUAAAUGAUAUUACUAUACAACUAUGUUCAGGUUUUUGUUCUUUUACGAUUAAAUAUGUUUUUGUACUUCAGAUGUACGGCGGGGUAAAGCUUGCUUUUAAGUAAUUGGGUGAUUUGAAACCUUGCAGGAUGCGUUGACGACUUAUUUCUAAUGUAGUUCAAGUAUGCCUAUUCUCAUGAUCAUAUUUAAUUUUUUUCCAGAAAAAUAAAUGCUCUUAGAUGUCA